GGGAGCAUGGAGCCGCGCGCCGGCUGCCGGCUGCCGGUGCUGGUGGAGCUGGUGGCCCCCGGCGCACUGGUGGUCACCUGGAGCUGCGGCGAGCGCCGCUUCACCGGGAUCUUGCUGGACUGCACGCACAGGUCCGGCCUCUUAGGCCUGCCCCCACCGGCUCUGCUGCCCAAGGCUCCGGACGCCCCUGCCAGCAGCCACCAUGGCUGGGCCCCUGACGAGGAGGACAGAAAGGCAACACAGCUGGAGACGGACCCCCCGCCUCCCCACAGUGGGGAUGGGACCCCCAAGCUGCCCCCGCCACUGGUGCCGCCACCGCCUACUGGAAGCCUGCCCCCCUAUCCACCAUACUUUGAAGGUGCCCCCUUCCCGCAGCCCCUCUGGCUGAGACACACAUAUGGCCAGUGGGUGCCGCAGCCCCCACCCAGGGCCAUCAAGCGGACUCGGAGGCGCCUGUCCCGAAACCAAGCCCCAGGACGGCUCAUCCUGAGCACCAUCCGCCUGCGGCCGCGCCGGGUACUGUGCGAGAAGUGCCAGAGCACGCUGAGCCCGGAGCAGGGCCGCCCCAGCCAGCCAGCCGCCCCAACAGCACCACGCAGGAGGCUGGGCAGUGGCCCUGACCGUGAGCCGCGGAGGCACGAGGUCCCCGUUGCCACUGCAGCCCCAGCAAGGAGGGGCAAGAGGGAGGAGGAGCGGCCACCGGGGGAGCUGGUGCCCCGGAGCCCUGUCAUCACCAUCUCCUACAGUACACCCCAGGGCACCGGCGAGGUGGUCAAGAUCCCCUCCCGUGUGCACGGCUCCCUGAAGCCCUUCUGCCCCCCGCAGUUGCCACCUGGGGGCAGCCAGGACGCAGAGACACGAGAUGCUGAGCCCAGGGCUGGUGGGGACAGGCAGCCUGGUGCACCCACAGCCUCUAUCCCCAAGCUGAAGCUGACACGGCCAGCACCCCCUGGCCUGGAUGCACCCCCUCCCAAGAUCCGCCUGAAGCCACACCGCCCAGGGGCCGGUGAGCAGGAGCCUGUGUACAGGGCCGAGCUGGUAGAGGUGCUGAAUGGCCACCCAGCCAGCACCCCCACGCUCUUUGCGAACGGCUCUUCCCACGACAGGCUGGCGGACAUGUCUUCUGGAAGCUCUGGCGAAGAGGACGACUUCAAGCGGUUUCCCCGAGGUAAACCUGGGCGCGACGGCCUGGCCUUUCUCGCCAACUACCCGACAAGGAAGGCCGAUUCCGCGAGUGAGUCUGUGUGCAGCAGCGACAGCCUCGAUGAGUCCAAGUCAUCCAGCUCAGAGGUGACAUCAGCAGACACAUGUGAGCUCUCACCUGGUGAUGGUGCACCUAUGCCUUCCUCCUCCAAAGACACACGCCCCACAGUCCCACCCCUAACGGUGAGGCUGCACACACACAGUGUCUCUACGUGCACGACUGAGGACGGCAGGACUGUGGCUGUGGGGGACGUCGUGUGGGGUAAGAUUCAUGGUUUCCCCUGGUGGCCAGCACGCAUUCUUGACAUCAGCCUUAGCCAGAAGGAGCACGGGGAGCCUGCUUGGCAAGAAGCGAAAGUCUCGUGGUUUGGUUCUCCAACUACAUCAUUCUUGCCUCUUUCGAAACUGGCCCCCUUCUCUGAAUUUUUCAAGCUGAGGUUUAACCGUAAGAAGAAGGGGAUGUAUCGGAGAGCUAUAACCGAGGCUGCAAACGCCGCAAAACACGUGGCCCCAGAGAUCAGGGAGCUCUUGACCCAGUUUGAAACGUAACUCUGGUUCCCAGAACAGUAACUGCCUGUUUCUGCUUUCUCCCAGGUCCCCAACGCUGAGGGCACAGCUACCGGCCUGUACCCCAUCCUGUCUGUGGGAUCAGCCACUGUGGAAAUCAUACAGGGCAGGUUAGCCCAGCAGGAGGCCCCUGGGGGAUAAGGGUGAGCCAGGCACAGCUCCUCUCAGCUGAAUGUAUCUCCUCCUGGGACUCGGACUUUAGCUUUUCUCUCAGUGAACUAGCAGGAUCAGUGAGGCCUAUUGCUGCUGCUGCUUCACAUGUGGGCGCUGGGGGGGGGGGGCGGCCCUCGGCACUCACUUGGCGGCUCGGCUCAGUGCCCCCAGCAGGCAGCACAUAAGCCAGAUCACAUUUGGAUUCUCCCUCCCCAAGCCAGGGCAACUGGGAGCCCACCCACCCUGCCCACCACGUCCCUCUGAGAGCCUGGGUCCCUGGGGUGUCCAGCUGGGCCCCAGAGGCUGCUCCACCCCCAGAUGCUGCUGAGUCCCAAUGUGGGGUGGGGGUGUCCCUCCAAACGGACUGAAACAUUAACGUAAAGGAAACAGCACACUCUGUCGUCUGCAAGAGCGCAUCCCUUUCCCCUUUGGUCUGAAGACCAAAAGGAAGAAAUAUAGAGAAAACAAAUCUUCCACUCUUCCUUUGUUUAAAUGUAAAAGAGGAUAAAUAAAGUCUGUGCUGGAGCUUUACGCUUACUGCUCCUGAGGCCUCACUUUCUGUGCUCCGUGACGGGUAAACUCCAGAGCUGGUGAGGCUACAGAAGGUUCCGGGUCACACGUGUACAGACGGGGGCUCUAAAAGGUGGCCUUGUGGCAUAUGGCAUGUCUGGUUCCACUCUGGGGACGUGUACCUCACAGUCUGGGGCCUCUUGGGGUCUCUGGACAGCUGGGAGGGUGAUGGGCCAGUGUCCUGUGGUGUCACUGCAGGGGAAGCAGGCUUAGGGUGAGGUCACAACUGGGGGUUGUGGCCCCUCCUCCUGUUCCCCAGGAGUCAGGGUGAGCCCAUAGUAGGGGCCGAGGGACGCUAUGGCGGCUUUGCACCUGGCCAUUUGCCAGCGCCCUGCCUCCACCCCUCUCUGCCUGGGCAGCCAGACAGCAGUGGGGUCCAGAGGCUGGGAGCCCCACCCACUGCACCACAGACUUCCUGGGGUACACCUUGCCCACAGGAGCCUCUGCAGGGUUCCCCAGGUGCGUAUUGUGGCCUGGUGGCUUACACAGGUGAACUGCCAGGCGGGACAGCCGCCUGGAGGGCUGGGCCUAGGGGCAUCCCUCCAAGUCAGCCCCCCUCUGCCCAUUUUCCCAACUCCCAAUACUCUGGCCACCACGAGAGCCUUGGGGUCUGCCACCUCCACCCAGAAUGCCCGGCAGCUCCAGGUCCUCUUGGUCUCUGCUCAGCUGUCAGAGGCCUGCCCUGACCCCCUGGGCCUGGGCAGCUCCCUGCCAUCAGCUCUGGAAUCGCCAGGGGACAUACACUUGUCCUUUAACAUCUGUAUCUGGCUCUCAGCAUCUCGUCUGCUUCUUGAGGAAAGACAGCCAAAGGGAUGGGGGAAGACGAGGCGGCUGGCCGAGGUGCCUGAGUGUGCAAGGACCAGCUUGCUUUCUGCUACACCUCGUCUUCACCAGCCUGCGAGAAACCAUCCCUCCCUGCGCAGGCAGAGGCCAUGGGGCAGAGGGCCGGCGGGGCGACGGUCCUCAGGGUGGCAGCAGGCAAGGGGCCACUUGUCCUGCCACCGUCCAAGUCCUGCUGCUUGGCCGAGGUCCUCGAGCCAGGGCUCUUUCUGCUGGCCUGCCCACUUCUGCUUGGAGGCCAGUGGGCAACAGGCAGCUCCAGGUGCCGCGAGGUCCAUGGGCAUCUGCUGUCUGCAGUGGUGGGGUCCCAAAAGGAAGCAGGCCCUGGGGCAGAGGUGGCUAUAGGGAGGGGGUCAUCCCUCUGUGGUGGGAGGAAGGGAAAAGGCCUGAGGAGAGGGGACCUGGGGAGACUCCUGCUGGAGAUCCAGGUCAGAGCUGGAAGGGCCUGAGACAGUGUGUGGCCCCCCGGCCCCCCAGGGCAGGAGCUGUGGCCCUGGGCCAGGAGAACCGCCUGGGGAUCUCACUUGGGGUCUGGAGUGGCCCAGGCUCAUGAUUCCAAUACCACCCAGUGAUCUGUAGCAGCAGAGAAGUUUGGGGUGCAGCUGUAGCCCGCAGAGCCAUCAGAUAGCCUGGCCCCCUAGGCUCCCCUGGUACCCAGCCCAAGG